AUGGGCAAACGGAAUUUCAAGACAGGUAAGGGUUUCGCAAAAAGAGACAAGAAACAGCCUAACGGAAACGGCACCUGGACCGAUGUUCAGCGUGAAAACGAAAAGUGGGAAAAGUACUACAAGGCUCUGGGACUUAUUCCCGAAAACGAGUGGGACACUUUCAAAGAGCACUGCCAGAGAGACUUGCCCUUGACUUUCAGAGUGACGGGCUCCAGAAGCCAUGCUUUGGAGGUGAACCAGAAGUUCAUCGACAACCACGUCGCCAAGCUUCAAGAUGAGGAGUUUGAAGGCCAGAAGCUCGCUCCCAAGAACAUCGAGUUUUACCCAGCUCAGUUGGGCUGGCAGCUCGAUGUGCCCAAGUCGGUGAUCAGAAAAAACGCCCAGUUUGCUGAAACUCAGCGUUUUUUGGUUCUUGAGACCGUCGUGGGCAACAUCUCCAGACAGGAAGCUGUGUCGAUGAUUCCUCCACUUCUCAUGGAUGUUCAGCCCCACCACGCUGUGUUGGAUAUGUGUGCUGCUCCAGGCUCGAAAACAGCCCAGAUCGUGGAGGCGUUGCAUGCUAACGACGAGCAGGAGUUGGCCUCUGGUUUCGUCAUUGCCAAUGACUCGGACUACAAGAGAUCGCACAUGUUGGUCCACCAGGUCAAGAGACUCAACUCGCCCAAUUUCUUGGUGGUCAACCACGACGCCGCCAUGUUCCCCAGAAUCAACUUGGACGGCGAAAUCGUCAAGUUCGACAGAAUCUUGUGUGAUGUUCCAUGCUCCGGUGACGGUACCAUGAGAAAGAACGUCAAUGUCUGGAAGGACUUCACCGUGGGCAACGGCUUGGGCUUGCACUCUUUGCAGGUGAACAUUUUGAACAGAGGCUUGCAGUUGUUGAAGCCUGGCGGACGUCUUGUGUACUCCACCUGUUCGAUGUCGCCUAUUGAGAACGAGGCUGUUGUAGCUGAGGCCUUGAGAAAAUGGGGUUCUGCCGUGAGCUUGAAAGACUGCUCUGACGAGUUGCCUGGCCUCAAAAGACGCUCUGGUGUGAGCAGCUGGGAGGUUUACGGUAAAGAUAUGACCGUCAAGGAGAAAGGUGACGAAUCUGUGCCAUCUACGGCUUUCCCACCUUCUGAGGAGGAAGCCAAGCUGUUCAACCUUGACCGCUGUAUCAGAGUUUACCCCCACUUGCAGAACACUGGUGGUUUUUUCAUUACUGUUUUUGAAAAGCAGCCCGACACCAAGAAGGGUCUCAAGAGAACUUCCACUGAGACCGAGUCUGAGGAGAAGAAGCCCAAGGUGGAGGAGACCGCUCCAGUCAAGAAGCAAAAGGCACCUAGAACUGCCAACGAAGAGCCUUUUGUUUUCUUGGAUCCAUCCAAUGACCAGUUGAAGCAGUGCUGGGAAUUUUAUGGCAUCAACGACAAGUUCCCUAAGGACACCGCCUUGGUCAGAAACGCCAUGGGUGAGCCAUGUCGUCUGAUUUAUUACGCCAGCCCUACCAUUGCCAAAAUUUUGAAGAUCGAGGAGCAAAAGUUGAAACUUGUGCAUGCUGGUAUCAAGAUGUUCACAACCCAAAGAAACGACAGCAGCAACUGUCCAUGGAGAGUGCAAAGCGAGUCCUUGCACACCCUCAAGAACUACUUGGGUGACUCCAGACACUUGUCUUGUAACACAGAGAUGUUGAAGAUUCUUCUUCUAGAGGCUUUCCUCAAGAUCGACAACCUCAGAGAGACUGGUCUUGAUGAAGAGUUCUGCAAGAAGCUUGAGGAGAUCAGCGAGGGCUGUGUGUUUUUGACUGUCAAGAGAGAGGGUCAUGAGGAUUGUCUUUUCCCCUUGUGGAAGGGAAGAGCCAACGUUAACUUGAUGGUGAACAAGCACGACACCCAGGAGUUGCUUAUGAGACUUUUUGAUAUUGCCACUUCUGCCAAGGACGAAGGCAAGGAGAAGAAGCACCAGAAGGAAAUGGAAUCGAAGAGAAGCUCUGAGCAGCCCGAGGAGAAGGAGGUGAAGGAGGCUGAGGUCUAA